UGUAUCUAUUUUUACAAGCUUUUCUUACCACUCUUUCCUUUUCCGCGUGUUUUCCGCUGAUGGAGAAUCAAAUAGAAAUCGGUUGCGUUUUUAGAUCUUCAAAUUGAGUCAAUUUCCAAGAGCUGGUUUUAAAUUUUUUGGGAAUCUUUUUAGUUCAAACAGUUUAAUAAAACUAUGCCAAAUUAUUAGUGACAGUUUCUCUGAAACAACGGUUACAAAUCUUUUGUCUAUCAAUCUGACAAAAAUCCCGAAACUUCAUGCUAAUUUUACAUCUAGUGUCUGUAAAACGUCUUCUAAGUUUCUAAACGAAGCGUUGUCAAAAGAAAGCUAAAACUUAUCAAAUCUAAGUUAUGUGGCUCUAACCUAAAUUUGAUAAUUUCGCGACCAAUUGAAAAUUGUUUUCCCCAAAAAUCAGAUGGGAGAGAUACACCGCUGUCACUUCAAAUCCUAAUGUUUUGCUGUUCGACAUAACCUCUCAAAAAAAAAACUUUAAUCUAAUUUGUAAUAGAGUUUUGGAACAUGCACAUAUUUUGAAUUUUUGAGGUCUAUUCCUCAGCAAGUAAUUACAUUUUUCAAUUCAGAGUAUUCCUAGAUCAAUCAUUUGUGCUCCCACGUACAAGUGAUACAUUUGUCGACUUAGAUUUAGCUUAACAACAAUCGCAAAAAAAUUGUCUUUCGUUCAAAUUUACUGAACUUCUUAAGAUCUUCUGUCAGGUGAUAGUAGCAGGUGAUGAUGAGCCAUCAUGUCAGCAGAUUCGAUAUUGAUUAAUUUUGUUCGAACGUAUCCGAUGACUUUAAAGUACUUUCAGCUUGGUUUUCUAGCAGUCGAUCACUUUAUCAUAGAAGUUCAAUGUACUUUGAAACUACCUGAAGUCUACCUAGAUCGAAGUUUUAGAGUAUCUUAGGGAAAAACGUGCUCUUCAUUAUUUUUGACAGCUUUUCUACCAUUUCACACUGUUUUUUUCGGCACCAGUCUGUGCAUAAACAAACAUUCCGCACAUGGGAUUCAGCUACGUUCAAGGCCGUUUCUUUUGUUUUUUUGACAGAUACAUCAAUUUUUAGAGGAAUAUUCAUAGUUCCUUUUUUGUAUGUUCGCAAUUUUGAGCUUAUUGAGAUCGUAGUUUGAGGAUUUUUAACUUUCAAAUAUCGAAGUAGAACUAUAAUUUGAUUUUCCAAGAUUCUAACCAUUUUUGAAACAUGUGUCACACUUUCUUCUUUCCAAUGUCCCGAUCUUUCCAUGAGGUGUCAUAUUAUUUUCCAGAACAUAACAUUCCAUUCCUCUAGGGCCACCCUUCAAAGUGGCCGUGCCGACAACGACGGUGGACCCAUCCACGUCAACACCAUACUCAUCAGCUUCACCGUACUGUCUGACAGCGUGCUCAUCGCCGAAUCCUCCUUCGUCUCGUGAGCCGUCUAGCAGUUCUACCGCAAAUCACCUCCUACUUUCACCUCUUGCGUCACGUCGUCACUACAUUUCGCAUCGACUACCGCAGAGGGCUGUACUUUCGAACGCGCCGCCAAUCCAGUCAGCUGCUAUUGUCUUUAACAACGGAAAGACGGCAACCGGAGCCACGGGUGCCCCAAUAUUAGUCGUAGAACCUCCUUGCUCAUCAGAUCCCAACCAACAAGAAAUGCCAAUUCUUCAUCAGAAAAUUGCGAGUACUGGUGGUCAGCCAUCCACAAAUUCAUUGGCGCUUCGUCGACUUCCCCUUGUUGUGAUUCCAAGAAAACGAAAAUACAAAAACUACGUGUCUCGUCGUCGAAAUACUCAAUUGCUUGCUAGUCUCCGACGUUGUGUUUCCGAUCCAAACGUGUACAAAAGCUACAAUCAUUGGAAAGCAUUAUUAAGACCAAUGACACCGAUCAAAUCUGGAGCACCUACUCCAAAAACGGUAACACCAAUGCCAGUGCCUCAAAUUCCCCCGCAUCAAAAAAUGACGCCGAACCCGACGCCUACACAAAAUCCUGUCCAACUUCCGUUGCCGCAUGCUGUGUCUGAGAAACCGGGCGAUAAGAAGUCCACUGGUCCCACUCCAUCUCCCGUUCCAUCGAAAGCUCCAAUCUCGGCAGCAAAGCUUCCUGGGACUGUGACAAAAGUUGCACCCUUAUUAAGUGCUGCUCAGCCGCCACCGAAAACAUUAGCUCCAGCACCAGGGGCUUCUGAAACAAAUUCAGGAUCGGGUCCAGUGUCGAAACAAGUGUCUGGUAAAUUAACAGAACUGAAAAGUAAAAACGGCACUGUGACGGAAAAAACUGAGAAAGCGGUGCUUCGAAUCCCAUCUUCUGCAUCCACGCGAGCAAAAGCUGCAUCAGCAGUUGCUCCAGAGGCAAACCCGGCUCCAGUUCCAACUGCAACCAAACCUUCUCCAUUUGCUCCCGCAAUAGCACCACUCCGAGAUGGUGCUCCUGCUCAGCCGCCGGCACCAAUUCAAGCAUCCGCACCGUUGAGGCCUCCCGUUGCCAAGCAAAACUCCUUGCAAAAGCCUCCAGAGCCGAAACGGUCUGUAGGAGCGCCUCCGAAAGCUUUACCAAGCGAACUUGUAAAUAAAAUUGACGGAAUUGAAUUUUUGCCUCAAAGCUCAAAUCAAAACACCGAUGACGGUCAGCAGCCUACAACAUCAACGGGUGGCGCAAAGGCACUGCGAAGAGCUUAUGGCUCGAAAUCUGGUACAACGAUAUGUGCCAUAGGAAGUCCAAAUGUUCCGUCAACAAGUCAACCGCAACAAGGGGAUAACGAAAAACGGUUGAUAGAAAAGAAGCUGUCACUACGGAAGAAGAAAUUAUCAGGCGAAGGAGUUCCACCCGCUGGUUCAAUGCUGACAGGCUCUAAAUCUGGUGUAGAGAUUGGUUUAAGUAGUAACUUGACCACCACCAACAACAACAACAACAAGGAACAAACUGAUGAGCAGCGAGCAAAAAAGACUGUAAAUGCUGUAGCUGCGGCGUUUUCCACACAAGCCGGCAGUGGAAAUGCUACAACGGUUGAUGAUCCAGCGAGUACGACAACGUCGAAAGAGAAUCCUGCUGCACAGCCACCAAAACCAAAGUCUGCUGCAGUACAAAAUUUGAUAUCCCAGUUACAACUUCCGGCGUCGGUUUCUGCAAAAGUUGAUAAGAUUAUUGCCUGCGGUGAUAAGGCACGGAAGCCUUCCAGAUCUGGUUUGCAGGCAAGCCAGGCACGACCAAAAGUUCCUGAAAUUGUUUCAAGUCAACGGACACAGCACCAAGACGAUAAAGAUGGUCACUUGAUCUACUCGAAAGGAGAUUUCAUUUUGAAUCGUUUCACCAUUUACGAUACACUUGGAGAAGGAACAUUUGGGAAAGUGGUACGGGUGAAUGACUCAUUAUCGGACACGUUCAUGGCCUUGAAGAUUAUAAAGAAUGUAAGCAAAUAUCGAGAAGCUGCCAAGUUGGAAGUGAAGGUGUUGCAAAAGUUGGCAGAGAAGGAUCCGGAAAAGAAAAACUGGGUGAUCCACAUGGGCUCGUACUUUGACUACAACGGACACAUCUGUCUGCUUUUUGACCUGAUGGGUUCCAGCAUUUUUGAUUUCUUGAAAGCCAAUCAUUACAAGCCAUAUCCAAUGGAACAAACGCUGCAUAUAACGUGGCAGCUUUGCAACGCCGUCAAGUUUUUGCACGACAAUAAGCUGACUCACACAGAUUUAAAGCCGGAGAACAUUUUGUUUGUUGACAGUCGUUACACCACAAAACUAGUGGAUAAAAAGCCUUUGCGAGUUCUUCACAGUACACACGUGAGGUUAAUUGAUUUCGGAUCGGCAACCUUCGAUCAUGAGCAUCAUUCAAUUAUUGUCUCGACACGACAUUACCGAGCUCCGGAAGUCAUUCUUGAACUUGGCUGGUCUCAACCGUGUGACGUUUGGUCCAUCGGAUGUAUCCUAUACGAGCUCUACACUGGCGUCACUCUCUUCCAAACUCACGAAAACCGCGAACACUUGGCAAUGAUGGAACGCGUGCUCGGUGACAUUCCGCUCAGAAUGGCAAAGAGGACAAAAACCAAAUUCUUCAUCAAUGGUCGGCUUGAUUGGGUGAACACUUCAGCUGACGCAGCCUACGUGAGAGACAAUUGCAAACCAUUAAGACGUUCCAUGUCUUGUACAGACCCAGAACACGUGGAGCUGUUUGAACUCAUUGAGAACAUGUUGAUGUUUGAGCCUCUUGCUCGUAUGAAACUUCCCGAAGCACUUCAGCAUCGCUACUUUAAUCGGUUGCCGGAAAACUUGAAGAUUCCUUGCAAAAUGGACGCUUCUACAAACCCACGGAUUAAUGGUGACUAGCGCCUAUCUCCUCCAUCUUUUUAUCAUGUUUUUUGUUCUCAGUCCGUUAUCUAUUUCAAUCAAUCAAUUUCACGAAAAUCUCAAAAAUUUUCUCAUCAAACCAACUUGUUAUGUUUUUCUCGUCCCGGCUCAAUCGUCCCAGCGCUUAUCAACAAUUGGUAGUUUUAUUUUUCAAAUCCUUUUUGUUUGCAACUUGUUGUUUAUCAAGCAAUAUUGUACUCUUCUAUCCUUGUUCAUCGAUUUCCGGGCCCUGCACUUUUUGUCGAUUGGCAAAUUCUGUUAUGUCCUCUCACCUAUUCGGGUACAUUGCCAGACUUGAAAUCUGGAAAAUCUUCCCACAAUUUUUUCUCUGACCCAUCCUUGACAUUUUCCCCAUUAAGGAUAUCAUGUGAGGUUCUUUGCCCAGUUUUAUCAUUGAUUGUUUUUUUUUGUAAACUUUAAUUUCUCAUUGCAACAAUAUGAGAAGUAAGGUAGGAGUAUUGAUAAUUAAUAAGUAUUAUCAAAAGUAGAUCAUUGAUUUGAGUUUUCUCAAAAGUCUGAGCUCAUUCAUGUUUCAAUUCUCUUUUCAAUAUGUGUUCUGUUUUACCGAUUGUAUUACUUAUUUCAAUGAUAAUGCCUAUUUGGUGAUGAAUCAAUUCUUAUUUAUUUGGCAUUAACAUUUUCUCUGGAAAAUGUUCAAUUUUCCUUCAAAGACUCAAUAUAAUAAAAACAGAAAUUGUCUACA